GAGUCGGGCCUGCUGCUGCCGCCGCUGCCGGGCGCGCACUUGGGGUGCUCGGCGGGUGUCGGGGUGCCCGGAACAUGCGCCUUGGAUGAAGAGGAGGAGGAGGAGGAGGACCUCGAGCCGCGGGCCCCAAUGAGUGGCACACAGCCGACCACUCUCACCGACAGGUUUCCCCUCAAAAAACCUAUUAGGCAUGGAAGUAUUUUGAACCGAGAGUCACCAACUGAUAAGAAGCAGAAAGUUGAGCGCAGUGCAUCCCAUGAUUUUGACCCCACAGAUAGCUCCUCCAAGAAGACAAAGUCUAGUUCAGAGGACAGUAGACCCGAGAUAUAUGGCCUCGUUCAGCGUUGCGUGAUCAUCCAGAAGGAUGACAACGGAUUUGGGCUGACGGUCAGUGGGGACAAUCCUGUCUUCGUGCAGUCUGUCAAAGAAGAUGGAGCAGCCAUGCGGGCUGGGGUUCAGACAGGUGAUCGAAUCAUCAAGGUGAAUGGAACUCUGGUGACUCAUUCAAAUCACUUGGAGGUGGUGAAGCUAAUCAAAUCUGGUUCCUAUGUAGCUCUUACUGUUCAGGGACGCCCUCCUGGGUCGCCCCAGAUUCCUCUCGCUGAGUCCGAAGUAGAUCCACCAGCCUCUGGACAUAUGUCUCCCCUCCUGACGUCCCCACACUCACCGGGCGCCUCUGGGAACAUGGAGCGGAUCACUAAUCCAGUGCUCGUGGGGGAGGAAAAUAAUGUGGUUCAUAACCAGAAAGUAGAAAUUCUAAGAAAAAUGUUACAGAAAGAGCAAGAACGGCUACAGUUAUUGCAGGAAGAUUACAGCCGAACACCUGCGCAAAGAUUGCUCAAAGAGAUCCAAGAGACCAAGAAACACAUCCCUCAGCUGCAAGAGCAGUUAUCCAAAGCCACAGGCUCUGCUCAGGAUGGAGCUAUAGUCACGCCCCCCAAGCCUGUAGGUGACGCUUUAGCAGUCAGCGAUAUGGAAACAGAGCCUGGUGAUGGACUAGGAAGAACGGACUACAGUGGUGGAGAUACUUCUCGAAUCAGUAGUGAUAAUGCAGAUAGUCCCAAGAGUGGCCUGAAAGAGCGGAUUUAUCAAGAGGAAAAUCAGGAGAAAAGUGAAAUAACUCAGGAUGCUGAUGCUCUUAUUGGGAGUCCCUCAACCCGUGUAACACCACACAUCAUUGGAGCCGAGGAUGAUGAUUUUGGUACUGAACAUGAACAGAUCAAUGGGCAGUGCAGCUGUUUCCAGAGUAUUGAACUGCUGAAAUCUCGUCCUGCUCACUUGGCUGUUUUUUUACACCAUGUAGUUUCACAAUUUGACCCUGCAACAUUGCUCUGUUAUCUCUAUUCUGACUUGUAUAAACAGACCAAUUCCAAGGAGACUCGUCGUGUCUUCCUCGAGUUUCAUCAGUUCUUCCUGGAUCGGUCUGCACACCUGAAAGUUUCUGUUCCUGAUGAAAUAUCAGUAGAUCUUGAAAAGAGAAGACCGGAACUGAUUCCUGAGGAUCUCCAUCGCCACUAUAUCCACACGAUGCAGGAGAGAGUCCACCCGGAAGUUCAGCGACAUUUAGAAGAUUUUCGGCAGAAACGUAGUAUGGGGCUGACCUUGGCUGAAAGCGAACUGACUAAACUUGAUGCAGAACGAGAUAAGGACCGAGGGACUUUGGAGAAGGAGCGGGCAUGUGCAGAGCAAAUUGUUGCCAAAAUCGAAGAAGUGUUGAUGACCUCACAGGCUGUAGAGGAGGAUAAGAGUUCAACAAUGCAGUAUGUUAUUCUCAUGUACAUGAAGCAUUUGGGAGUAAAAGUGAAAGAACCCCGAAAUUUGGAGCACAAGCGGGGUCGGAUUGGAUUCCUUCCCAAGAUCAAGCAAAGUAUGAAGAAAGAUAGGGAAGGCGAAGAAAAAGGAAAGCGAAGAGGAUUUCCCAGCAUCCUAGGACCCCCAAGGAGACCAAGCCGCCAUGACAACAGUGCAAUUGGCAGGGCCAUGGAGAUCCAACAGAAGCAGCGCCACCCGAAGCACUUACCCACACCUUCAUCAGUGAGUCCCGAACCCCAGGACUCUGCUAAGUUGCGCCAGAGCGCAAUAGCCAGCGACGGAGUAGACUUGGGGUAUUCGCCGGGCAAUCCCAUGUCAACUCUGGCUCCUGGCACUGUUCUUUCCCAGGAAGGAGGGAAAGAGAAUGAGACGGGAGUAAAGCAGUCUGGAGAAGUACCCGCAUCGGGAGAUGCCUCUGACUGCGCUCCGCGUACUCCCAAUACCAUCUUUGAAUUCCCACCGCCUCCACUGGACCAGGUGCAGGAGGAGGAGUGUGAAGUAGAAAGAGUGGCUGAACAUGGAACACCAAAACCCUUUCGAAAGUUUGAUAGCUUGGCUUUUGGAGAAAGUCAAAGUGAGGAUGAACAGUUUGAAAAUGACUUAGAGACAGAUCCUCCCAACUGGCAGCAGCUUGUUAGCCGAGAAGUGUUGCUGAGCCUGAAGCCUUCAGAGAUCAAAAGACAGGAAGUGAUUAAUGAAUUGUUCUACACUGAAAGAGCUCAUGUUCGAACACUAAAGGUUCUUGAUCAAGUUUUCUAUCAGCGGGUGUUCCGAGAAGGAAUUCUAUCACCUUCAGAGCUACGGAAAAUCUUUUCGAAUUUGGAAGAGAUUCUUCAGCUUCACAUCGGACUGAAUGAGCAAAUGAAAGCAGUUCGAAAAAGGAAUGAAACCUCUGUUAUUGAUCAGAUUGGGGAAGAUUUGUUGACAUGGUUCAGUGGACCAGGCGGGGAGAAGUUGAAACACGCCGCUGCCACCUUUUGCAGUAACCAGCCUUUUGCCUUGGAAAUGAUCAAAUCUCGUCAGAAAAAGGAUUCUCGAUUCCAGACCUUUGUGCAAGAUGCUGAGAGUAAUCCGCUGUGUCGCCGCCUGCAGCUGAAGGAUAUCAUCCCCACUCAAAUGCAGAGGCUUACAAAGUACCCUCUUCUGUUGGAUAAUAUUGCCAAGUACACAGAAUGGCCUACAGAAAAGGAGAAAGUGAAGAGAGCUGCUGAUCACUGCCGCCAGAUCUUAAAUUAUGUCAAUCAGGCUGUCAGGGAAGCAGAAAACAAGCAGCGCUUAGAAGACUAUCAGCGUCGUCUUGAUACCUCCAAUCUCAAGAUGUCAGAGUACCCAAAUGUUGAAGAGCUCAGGAAUUUGGAUUUAACAAAAAGGAAGAUGAUCCACGAAGGACCGUUGGUUUGGAAAGUAAACAGAGAUAAAACAAUUGAUCUCUACACAUUAUUGCUGGAAGACAUUCUUGUGUUACUGCAAAAGCAGGAUGACAGAUUGGUGUUACGGUGCCACAGUAAGAUCCUGGCAUCUUCAGCUGACAGCAAGCACACGUUUAGCCCUGUCAUUAAGUUGAAUACUGUAUUGGUUCGGCAGGUGGCAACAGAUAACAAAGCCUUGUUCGUCAUCUCCAUGUCAGACAAUGGAGCCCAGAUCUAUGAGCUGGUGGCGCAGACGGUUUCUGAGAAGACUGUCUGGCAGGACCUUAUAUGUCAGAUGGCUGCAUCAGUGAAGGAGCAGUCCACGAAGCCAAUCCCACUUCCUCAGUCUCCACCGUGCGAAGGAGACCAUGAUGAAGAAGAGCCUCCAAAAUCGAAAGGAGAGCAUCAUGGAAUUUCAGUUACAAGCAUGCAGAGCCCAGACAGAGAGUUGGGAUUAGGAUCUCCACUAAUAGCAUCAAAGCCUCAGCCUCAUUCACUGGAUGCCUCUGGAAAAGCAGAGGUUGAUGAUCUGUUUGUGACAGAAGGACAGUUUGUGAAGGAGCAAUGUGAAGCCAGGACUCUCAAGGAUGUUGGGGUGAAUGACGCAGCCACAAUCCUAGCCCCACACUUGCAAGUCCCAGAAGAGCGAUGGGCGUUGGAUGCAUUAAGGAAUUUGGGUCUAUUGAAGCAGUUGCUAGUCCACCAGCUGGGCUGGACUGAGAGGAACACUCAGGAAGGUUGGGCACAUUCCCCAAGAUCGCGCACCAUCUCCCCGGGGCUGCCAGCAGACGGUGCCACCCAGAGUGCAGAAAAUGCCAAGGCCCAGCAUCCCAGUGAUGGGCACACGCCCUUUCGAACUGGAAGUGGUGGCAGUUCAACUAGUCAAAGCCCUCGGACUUCAACUGAAUCUUCUGCUCCACGGGAUUCAGUGGUACUGGCAUUCCAAGACCGGCAGGCCAGUAAUCUGCUAGCAAUGGACCACAUGCUUCUGGCCCCAGAGAUGCUGCCUGUGGAGCCUGAAGGGGCCCUCGAUGAGAGUGGAGAGCACUUUUUUGAUGCCCGUGAAGCACAUAGUGAUGAUAACCCAUCAGAAGGUGACGGAACGGUUAAAAAGGAAGAGGAUGUUAACUUACGCAUCUCAGGAAACUAUUUGAUCCUAGACGGCUAUGAAGCAGUGCAGGAGAGCUCCACGGAUGAAGAGAUCGCUUGCUCGCUUCCCCCUUUGCCCCCUGCAGGCCCACCCUGCACGGACUCCACCCACCAGCCCCAACAUUCUCCUCAACAAGCACGCUCUGAUGGGGCUCCCUCACCCUUCAGCCCAGAAUACCUGGUGUCACCACGCUGGGGAACAAGGGAGGAGCCCAGCUUUGAGAUUCAGAGCCCUCCUUUGUGUGCGGACCCCCAGAGCCAGAUCAUGAGUUGCAUCCGCAAGAUAGAGGCCAACCUGGAGCACCUAAAGAAGAUGGAGGAAAGUUACACCCUUCUUUGCCAAAGGCUGGCUGGAUCAGCCCUCGCAGACAAGCACUCAGAUAAAAGUUAGAGCCGCGUGUCCUGGAGGUGACUGAUGGGGGCUGGAGUUUCAGCAUCAACCUUGUGUCACUACCCCCCGGCUCCCGCGUGGAUGCAGAGAGAGGGUGUGACUGAGGAUCUGCCAGUGAACCCCCUGGGCCUGAUAGGUCCAGGAUCCCCGGACCGGGACCGGUUCUCCACUGUCUGCCGUUGCACUAGUCUGGCAGGGAGGAAAGGGGCCACCCUCCUCCCGUGCUGUGGGAUCGAUUCCGACUCCGAACAAAAACCAAAUGUAUAGAGCUUUGGAUGUAGGAUAUGAAAUUUUACUUAGGCUUAUGAAAAAGAGAAAAAUCAGAUGUAUUUAUUUGACUUCAUUCCACAUUUGAAAGCACAUUGAAAAGUAUCUCGCCAUGUUUCGUUUUAAUUGGGUAGGGUAUUGGGGCCCCUCUGUACUUAGUGCAACCACAGGUCAGAGGUUGAGAGGAGUGCAAGGAGGCUGGGUAGGAUGGGGAAAGACGGGGAAAGGCAGGGGCCUUUGCCACCCCUGAGUGGUGGUCCAUGCCCUCUGCUGUUCAGAAGGCUGUUUCUUGGGGGACUCCUCACAGGCCCAGAGUGGCCCUGGCAGCCCUGGUGAGCACCACCCUCUCCCCCCAAGAUCAGCACCCCUGCCCUGUGCUGGGUCCCCCUCCACAAAAAGGAAUCCUCCGUGUACUGAAGAGCGGGCACUUGGAGGUGGGGUGUUCUCUUUUCUGGGCUUCUUUCCUAUGCAGGGUUGGGGUUUGGGAGGGAGAGGAGAGAAAAGUUUAUUUUCUUUACUAUAAAUUUGUUGUUCCUGGUGUUGUUUCAUUUUUUGUCAUUGGCAUCAGACUCUGGCACUUGCAUUCAGCUAGCCCUGCAGACUGAGCAGGAAGCAAAACUGGGCGAGCAAAGCUUCUUCGCCUGGCGGCAAGAUGGGGCUGCUGAGGAAGAGGUGGGGAAGGG